CUGAACCCUGUUGCAGAAGGGAAGGUAAAGAAGAAGAUAUUUUCUAUUCUAACAGUCUCAGAUAACGGACUUUGUAAGGAUGACGGUGAUGCGAGUUCUUUUAAACGGUGGGAGGUACGGAAACAGGUACAUUUGGACGGCGAUCUCCCGACGGCAUCCGGAGGUUAUGGAGGGCAACGGCUUGCAGUCGGCAGUUAUGCAAUGGAGGAGGAUGUUGAGCAACGCCGGUGGAGCUGAAGCCCAAUUGAAAGAGCAGAAAGAGGAGAAGAAAGAUGCGAUGGUGUCCAAUUAUUGGGGAAUUUCCAGGCCAAAGAUCACUAGGGAAGACGGCUCAGAGUGGCCUUGGAACUGCUUCAUGCCAUGGGAAACUUAUCGGUCAGACUUAUCAAUUGAUUUGAAGAAGCAUCAUGUACCAAGGACAUUUAUGGAUAAAUUUGCAUACAGGACUGUGAAAAUCCUUCGAGUUCCAACUGAUAUCUUUUUUCAGAGACGUUAUGGGUGUCGGGCAAUGAUGCUGGAAACAGUGGCUGCUGUGCCUGGAAUGGUUGGAGGCAUGUUGCUGCAUCUGAAGUCUCUCCGCAAGUUGGAGCAAAGUGGUGGCUGGAUCAAAGCCUUGCUUGAAGAAGCAGAGAAUGAGAGGAUGCAUCUCAUGACCAUGGUGGAGCUUGUGCAGCCUAAAUGGUAUGAGAGGCUGCUGGUUCUUGCUGUGCAGGGAGUCUUCUUUAACUCAUUCUUUGUGCUUUAUGUACUUUCUCCCAAACUGGCACAUAGAAUUGUCGGGUAUUUGGAGGAGGAAGCUAUCCACUCCUAUACAGAAUAUCUCAAGGACAUUGACAGUGGUGCAAUAAAAAAUAUUCCAGCCCCAGCUAUUGCAAUUGACUAUUGGAGACUUCCUAAGGAUGCUACCCUCAAGGAUGUUAUCACUGUGGUCCGUGCUGAUGAGGCUCAUCAUCGAGAUGUCAACCAUUUCGCAUCUGAUGUACAAGUUCAGGGGAAGGAAUUGAGAGAUGCACCGGCCCCCGUUGGUUAUCAUUGAGGCCUAUUUCGCUGUUCAGGGUAUAAUUUUACCUUUUGUAUCUGCUGAGAGUACUAUAAUAGUACUACUAUAGGAAUAUGAAAUAUGAACGCAAGUACUAAAUAGUAUGUGGUAUUUGUAUCUGCUGUAAAAGAAAACAAAUUAUUGUAUGUUGUGGAUUAACUUGAUUGAAUUUAAGAAGCAUUGAAGCUCUACA